AUGCGACCGGGAGCAGAAGAUAAGUUUGUCACACACUGCUUUCAACUCACGAAAUGUGCUUCCAUGUGGGAACCGCAGCACAUUUCGUGCUCAAAGCUCCGUGAGUUGCAGGGUACACCAUUGCCACCCGGGCACCUCGGGACUCCGAUCUUUGGGAACACAGGCAUGGGAGGGGACGAUCGAAGCCCCAGCGGCAAGGACCGGAGUCGCAGCCGCGACCGCAGCCGCCGCAAGGAUAGCCGAAGCCCGAGCCGCCACAAGAAGCCCGAGGACUAUGGCGUGGACACGAUGAAGAUCACGGAUGACGAUGCUGCUUUCAUUCUGGGCAAAGGUGGUAGAACCAAGGAGAAGAUCUCCAAGGUGUCAGGCGCGGAGAUUGAGCUCUUUGAGCGAGACCUCAUUUUGGAGAUCCGGGGGUCCAAGCUUACCCGACGGCGUGCCAAGAAGUAUUGCAAGGGUGUGAUGGAUCAGCGCACCGGGCCGGUGAAUGUGACCCUGGAUGACGACGACGAUGAUCUGACAAUGAUCAACGUUCCGCAGGAGGCGGUUGGCUUCGUCACUGGAAGGGCAGGAAACUUCCUGCGAACUAUUGAAGAAGAGUGGAGCACUCUGAUGUUCUUUUGCGAGGUGGACGGAUCCCGUGGCCGCGGGAAGGAUUAUGAGAAGCUAGCCAUCUUUGGCACUGUACGGUCCCGCCGGGGCGCUGAGCUCAAAGUGCUCAGUGCAGUGGAGACCAAGGUGCCUGGAUAUUUUGAGCGCCUCAAGAACGAGGUCAUUGACCGAGAUCGCGGCAAGGGGGAGGACGGCACCUGGGGUACCGACACCAUGACAUUUCAAGAUGACGAGCUCUCCUAUGCCCUUGGCAAGCAGGGCGGCACCAGGAAGAAGUUAGAGAAGGCGUCUGGCGCUAUCGUGCAAUAUGUUGGCCAGGUCGCACUCUUCUCCGGGGAGAAGCCUGUACGGAAAAAGGCCAAGGAGUACAUGAAGUGGCUCUUUGACCAGCUCGAGGGCCCAGUCUACGUGGAGGGCUGGGAAGAGCGGGAUGACUGCACCGUGGUGGAUGUGCCCAGCGAAUGCAUCGGCUACGUGACCGGGGCUCGCCGAGCAGCUCUGGGCAACAUGGAGGAGGAGUGGGGCACACUCAUGUUCUUCAUGAACAAGGAGGCGGCGAACGGCGGCGGCAAGGGCCAGCGGCGCAGCGGCGGGUCCGAGCAGCUGGCGAUCUUCGGACCCCGCCGGGCGCGGCGUGGGGCCGAGCUGAAGAUCAUGAGCGCCGUGGAGACGAAGAGCCCCGGCACCUUCACUCGCGGCGUGCGUGAGAAGUACAUCUCAGACAAAGGCUUCGCAACAGAUCGCUUUGUGUUGAAGGAUGACGAGCUCAGCUAUGCUUUGGGCAAGGAGGGUGCCACCCGCAAGAAGCUCGAGCUCGCCUCCGGAUCCAUCCUUCAGUACGUGGGACACGUGGCCUUCAUUGCCGGUGACCUCAAGGAGCGAAAGCGCUGCAAGCAGUUCAUUGACUGGCUGCUCGCGCAACGCCGUGGCUCCGUGACCGUCGGGGAUGUGCAAGACCGGGAAGACUGCACGGAGAUGCACAUCCCGGACAACUGCAAAGGAUGGGUGACCGGCAAUCGCGGUAGCGAGCUUCGCCGCGUGGAACAGGCCACCGGAACCUUUAUGUUCAUGGCGCUGGACAGGCAUGGCGAGGAGCGGUUGCUGAUUUUCAGCGCCAACUCUGGAUCCAAGACCGGUGAUGGAGGGAGGAUGCACGCGGAGCGCAUGGUCAACGAGAUGGUGCAGGAGAAGCUGCGGGGCGACUCCCGUGGCCGCAGCCGCUCGGACUCGCGGCGGCGCAAGAACUCCCGAAAAAGGUCCAACAGCCGUCGGCGCCGCUCGCCGAGCCGGCGCCGCGACUCGCGAUCUCGGUCCCGCCGAUAG